AUGCCAGUUCAUCGUCCAAAUGUUCGAAAAUCGGGCUUCUCUAUUGAAGAUAUUAUCAGUCAUGCCAAUGAUCGAAUAUGUCCCAACACUUCACCUAAAGAAACAACUUCUUCUCGAAUUCAACCGUUAAAAUUGGACGCAAAUAAAACAACUCAUUGCCCUCCUGUAACAUCAAUUACUCCGUAUAAAAACACUAGUGUACAAUCACCUCAAUUAAUAUCAUCCUCAUCCAUGUCUAACAAUCAUUACAUGUCAAAUAUGAAUACAGCAGCAAUGGCAGCAAUGGCAGCUGUUAAUGCUUCGAAUUGGCCAUUCAGUGGACAUGGACCACAAUAUGAUCCACUCGUUCAAUAUCAAAUUCAACGUGAAUCAGCAUUAAAUUACAUUCGAAAUGGUGGACGAUUAUUUGAUGGAAGAUUUGCAAGUCCUGAAGCAGCUGCCGCAUUGAUUCUACAUUCAUUUCGCAAACCCAAACGUAUUCGAACAGCAUUCACACCGGCACAAUUGUUAAAAUUAGAAAAUGCAUUUGAAAAAAAUCAUUAUGUCGUAGGACACGAACGAAAAGAAUUGGCGAAAAAUUUAAAUUUAACAGAAACUCAGGUAAAAGUUUGGUUUCAAAAUCGUCGAACAAAACAUAAAAGAUUGAAAUGCGAAGAUGGUAACAGUACAAAUGAUGGCGAUGAUAGUCCAUCAGAAAAAGAAAAAUGGGAUUCGUCCGAAUUAGAUAUUUGUGAUGAUCAAGAUAAUUCAUUACCAGCACUGCCAAAUCAAACAUCUCCACCUCAUACUCCUCAACCAGUUCUACCGCUAAGUCAUCAACAACAACGUAUAAAUUGUACUCAAGAACAUUUUACAACAAAUGGUAAUUUAUCGUUACAACACCAGAUAAGAUCUACACGUAGCGAAAAUAACCAACAUAAAUCAGCUCUCUAUUAUGCUUCAACACAUCAUAAUGAUUCAUUUACUGAUAGAACACCUUCGCUAAAUACAUCGCGUUCUCGUUCAAGAAGUUCAAGUAGAGAAUGA